AACCUCCCCAACAAUACGCGUCGGGCUCGAUGCACGUGUUUUAUCUUUGUUUGGUCGUUCCUAGUGUAAUUUGCAUUCAGUGCCCUAUUUAGAAAGUCAAAACUGUUUGUUAUAGUGCGCGGGCUUAACAGCUUGCGCAAUUUGUGCAAAACGUCAACUAAAUAAACAGCUAUGACCGAAGUAACGCAACCCGGCGGCGACGUGCUCUUGGAGAAGAAGAAAAAGAAGAACAAGGAUGGUGUAAGCUUAGGAACCUUUCAGAAGAUCGGCGAUUUCAAAAUCGAGCCCUCGGAAAGUGUGACGAAGUUGGAUACUGCGUAUUGGCCAUUGCUAUUGAAAAAUUUCGACCGUCUGAAUGUGCGCACUAACCAUUAUACGCCACUGCCGUUCGGCCAUUCGCCUCUGAAGAGGCCAAUCACUGAUUACAUCAAGUCAGGAUUCAUCAACGUCGACAAACCGAGCAACCCCAGCUCUCACGAAGUCGUAUCUUGGAUAAAACGCAUUCUGAAAGUGGAAAAAACUGGCCAUUCGGGCACACUCGAUCCGAAGGUAACAGGCUGUCUCAUCGUGUGUAUAGACAGAGCUACGAGGCUGGUGAAGUCCCAGCAAAACGCAGGUAAAGAAUAUGUGGCCGUUUUCAGUUUGCAUUCAGCUGUAGAAAAUGUUCAGAAAGUGACUCAAGGAUUGGAGAAAUUGAGAGGUGCUUUGUUCCAAAGACCUCCACUGAUAUCGGCAGUGAAACGUCAACUUCGCGUCCGUACAGUGUAUGAUAGCAAAUUGUUGGACUUUGAUGCAGAGCGUAACAUCGGUGUGUUCUGGGUGAGCUGCGAGGCAGGGUCGUAUAUCCGUACAAUGUGCGUUCACUUAGGAUUAAUGCUUGCUGUGGGAGGCCAGAUGAUUGAGCUUAGACGUGUUCGAUCUGGAAUUCAAGGUGAAAAGGAGGGUAUGGUAACGAUGCAUGAUAUCUUGGACGCACAGUGGGCAUAUGAGAAUCACAAAGACGAAUCUUACAUCCGUAGAGUUAUAAAACCCCUAGAGGGCUUAUUAAUAGCACAUAAGAGAAUCUUUAUCAAAGACAGUGCUGUGAAUGCAGUGUGCUAUGGUGCAAAGGUUUUGUUACCUGGUAUAUUAAGGUAUGAAGAUGGUAUAGAGAUAGAUCAAGAAAUUGUCAUUGUCACUACAAAGGGAGAGGCUGUAGCUUUAGCAAUUGCUCUUAUGACCACAUCAACUAUGGCGUCAUGUGACCAUGGAGUUGCGGCUAAGUUAAAAAGGGUCAUAAUGGAACGAGACACAUACCCAAGAAAAUGGGGCUUAGGACCAAAGGCAUCCCACAAGAAGCAACUAAUAUCACAAGGCAAACUCGAUAAGCAUGGUAAGCCAAAUGAAAAUACUCCUGCAGAAUGGUUAAACAGUUAUGUAGAUUACAAAGUGAAAAAGGAGACAGAAAAUGGUAAUGUUGAAACGGAAGAAGGCAGCAGGAAGAGGACAGCGAGCACUGCUAAUGCCGACGAUCUGAAUAACUCAACGGAAAUCAAGUCUGAGAAAAAGAAGAAGAAGAAGAAGCGUGACUUGGAUGCGACUGCUGAUGGUGACACAACGACAGAGGCAGCAAAUGUGACGGCAGAAGGAGGUGAUGACUCUGUACGUAAAGAAAAGAAAAAGAAGAAGAAGAAAGACAAAGAACAGGAAAGAGCAGAGGAAUGAAAUAUAGACAUAGUAUAUGAAAUAUACGGAGUAAUUAACAGUUUUGAUAUUUUGUCACUAUGUGUGAGACAAUUAAGAAUGAAAUGAUUUUAGGAAUGGUUUAAGUGAGAGAUUUUAAGAGAAAUAUUUGACUACAAGAAACAUAUUCCAGUG